CAUUAUUUUAGUGCCGCGUGGAAACGGGGCAGCGGCAAGUCUGCUGCUUGCGCUCGCUCUCUCAGCCUAAGCAUCGGGAAUGUCGCAUUCCGCUAGCGUUUCUUCCCAGGUGUACGUACAGCGGGGUCUCUGCGAACGAAAAGGCCAUAACCCCGUCCAGGGCAUUGACAAACAGCAGCAGUUUUUUUAAGUGUCUCGUUUUCCGCCAAGACAACAUUUUGCGCAUGCCCUUUGCUGGAGUUCGCGGUCACUUUGAUUCAUUUGUAACCCGAAUCCACUCGGCAGAAAAACGUCGAGGUCCCGACACUUUUGCCCAGCCUCUGAGUCCAGCACGAUCUUCACCAACUCUGUCGGUGGUACUUGUUCCCACCUUCAUGAAAGACCAAAACAAAUUUCAGCUGCUUGGAGAAUCGCCGCACUUCUAUUCUCGGACGAAAAAAAGUGCCACGGCUAAAUGUUUCUCCACUUCGGAGAGGUUUCGUUUCGUACUUUCUUGGACGGUCGCAGGCUGCGACUGUGCGGUGAUUGGAGUCAACCUGGCAGAAACGAACAAGCGAAUCGAUUUACCAGCGCGUAGCAGAUUGGCUAUUUUCUUGGUUUUGACUUCUUGGCCACGAACAUGCGGUUUCUCUCGCUCUGAGUGACCUUUUGCCCCCUCUCUACUCGACGAAGCAAUCCGUUUCCCAGCCUUUUUCUCAAGUCGACUUCCUCGUUAGAGGUUCCGUUUCGUGGCGAAAGUUCGAGGGCAGGUUCGCAGGGACUGUGAGAGAGGACAGUGCGGUUUUUGACCACACUUUUUCACCGGAGACGACGACAAAGUCGCAGCUGGCAUACUUCGUAUAUUUUCGCGUGUCUCUCCCUCAGACUUGCCUGUGCUCUUUUUCUAUCCGGUAGUCGCCGUGCUUCUUUCUGAUUUAGCCUGCCUCUCUUCAAAUCCCGAUUCCUUCUUACCGUGUGUAUCUUUGUCCCGCUGAUUUGCGUCUCUUUGCUUUUCACCCUGAUGCACCUCUUCCGGCGUCCACUGCGCUCGUCAACGCAAGGUGCUUCCUCACCAAACUGCAAAACACUCAGAAGCCCUGUCUUGCUGGUUUUUCUCUUCUGCGGAAAAGGCUCCGUCCUUCAUCGUGGUAGUGGCUGUAUGCAACUACCAACAGAGUCAGAACCUGUGCCCCUGAUUGCAUUCCUUUUCGUUCUCCUGUCUUUCCAUCAAACCACAAAAUUUUUUUCGCGUCCUGUGCCUUCUCUCAUUUUCCUUCGAGGCUCGAGCUGGGCGCUUUCGCUCGCACUCCCGCCGUGAGCCUUGCUGCCUCUCGUUUCGUCUCUUUUGCUGGGCCACCUUUCCCCUCCCUCCGCCCUUGUGUGCCGUCCUCGUCUCCACGUUCGGGUCCAAUACUGUACGCAUCAUUGUCUUGGCAGAUUUUCUUCCGUGAAGGAGCUGUGAGCAUCCGUCAUAAUCGAGACACUGUCCAUUGUACCGUCUGACUCCACAAUCCCCAGUCCACCCUUUCUAGUCUUCUCUCGUCGCCGCUCUGUGCUCGACACCGCAAAACACCAGCGACUACAUACUCUGUUUACGUAUAUAUCUGCAUAGGGUUGUUUCAGUUGUCGUUCUUAUUAGGAUUUCUUCCUCUCUGCGUGUGCGUAUCGCGCUAGAGCGAGAAAGCCAUGGGGUCGCCAAGAGACCAAUUUGAGGGAGAGACAGGACCUCUGGGAAUCGCGUUCGGCGACCUUUCCCGGGAGACAGAAUUGGGCUUCUGUGCAGACGUCUGCGUGUGUAGUGGAGGGGCGUGAAGUGCGUCUCCGCUGUGUCGAGAUCCGCUUUUCUCCUCUUUUCGUGGUUGUUUCUGGACAAAAUGAUUCACUACAGACAGGACCCUUGGCUGGGGUUCUGCAUUCUCUUGCAGCCCCAUGGCUCGGUGCUUCUUUGCUCUGUGCCUCGAGCUCUUAUUGCGGGACUUCUCACUUGGGCUCUCAUGACCUACGGGCCUCCAGCGUCGAGCGGAGGUGCAGAUAUCAUGUGGAGUCCGACGUUGUUCAACUUCUUCCUUUCUCUCGCUGUCCUCGUCUUGGCCUUCCACACCAACCAAGCGUACCAGCGCUUCUGGGAAGCGCGCUCACAGGUGCAGAUCAUGGCUAGUUGGUGGGCAGACGCAGCGAGCAGCUUCGUGGCUCUGGACGAAAUGACUGGAAUUGCCAAGGGCGAGUUUGCUUGGGGAGCAGACUGGCGUGGAAAGAUUCUUCAUCUCCUCAGCUUGCUGCACGCGGUGUCGAUUCAGUAUCUUCUCCACAACGACGCAGAGAAAACCCAGUUGGAAGUGCUCGGGGGCAUGGACACCUUCGAGGCCAAACUCCUCAGCUUGACAGACGAUCAAACAUUCCUCGUCAUGCACUGGGUCGUCCAAGAAAUGAUGAAGAGGCUGGUCCUGGAGCCCAAGGGCUUGGGGGUCCCGCCCCCUUGCUUCGCACGCAUUCAACAGCAGCUCUCCAACGGAAUGCUAGCAUUUAAUUCGGCCUGCAAGAUCGAAGACACGCCUUUCCCCUUCCCUUACGUUCAGCUCGUGCAGCUCAUGGACUGGUUUAUGACCGUCGCAUGUCCGGUGGUUAUCGCCUCCUGGAUGAUCAGCAUGCCUUGUGCGAUUGUCCUCUCCGUGAUUGCCGUCGGAGCCUUCCACGCGACGUUCGCCGCUGCCUGCGCUAUGGAGAGUCCGUUUGGGCGGCAAGCAAACGACUUGCCUCUUGUCGAGCUCCACCGCGACUUCGUCAAUCGCCUCAAGUCCAUCGUCGACACUCACGUUGCAGCUCGCCUGAACAACAUGAUCGUCAAAGUCGACGCCCGAGAAACGCAGGAAUAUGACAUGUACGAGGAGGAGCGUCCGGAUUCGCCGCUUGCAAAAAUCCGCUUCAAGCUGAACUACCGCACCGGCGGGUCGCGCCUCGGGGCGCGCGCUCCUCAGCAUCCACCCCACACACACAUGAAAGGAAAGGCAGCGCAUUUGCACCGUGCUGGGCGAGGACACAAGGCUGAAGAUCCUGACCUCGCUCCAGGACCGCUGUCGCGUUUCCAGCGCCUGCCGUUGUAUCCGAAGAUUCUUCGACGCGGGCGGCGAGGAACGGCGCCAAGCCACUCGACCAGCCACCGUCACGAGGCUCUCGACGAUUGGGCGAAGGACUGGGAUGACACCGAGAGCGACCUUUCUCAACGACCAGUGGCCAGCGAGGACCAUGCGCGCGCGAGCGCCACGUCCGCAAACGGGAGCCUCUUCAGCGGGGUCGAUAUGGAGCCCAAGCCGGAGAGCCUCGAGGGCCUUCGGGUCUGCCGCGGCGGCGCGGGAUCCAGAGCCGGCUCUGCGGUGUACCUCUGCCCUCCGGGGGAGCCUGGGGCGUCGCCAGGUGCCGAAGGCACUCGGUCCACCGCCGCCGCGGGGCUGGAGACCGACGGCGACGGCGAGAAGGAUUUAUUCAGCAUUCCGUACCGCAGCGGAGACGGGGACGCCGGGCGGCUCUCCGUUGGGCCUGGGUCGGCGCCUGGCAUGCCGGGGAGCACCGGUGGAGGCCAAUCAGAGAGGCAGUCGGUUGAGACUCUGUGCCAACUCGGGACUCUAUCGAGAGGCCUUUCGCGUCGUCUCGACGGUCGCAGUUCGACGCGCAGACAAAGCUUUUUCAAGUCCGUUGGAGACAUCUUGCGGCUCGGCUCCAGAUCCGGGAAAGACGUCUCUUUCGAGAGUCUCCAGGGGCCUCAGAAAGCCGAACUCUCCUCCAAGGGCGAGACGCCUGCGCGAGCCUCCGUCAGGUCGAGCCGGAUCUUCCAGUUCGGAGACGACACCUUUGCCGCCUUUCACGCGUUUCAGCGAGACGGCAGUGAAGCUUCGCGCCGCCAUAGCGAAGCCGAGGGCGUUACGGUGCCUGCUUCGACAGUUCCGAUCAACAUCCAUGUGGCGCCCGCGUCGACGCCAGAGACGCCGGUCGGUGCAGGCCAGUCGAUUCGAAAAGGUUCGGACUCUGGAAGCGUCCGCGCGGGUGCCUCGGCGAGGGAGAAGGGUGCCGACGUCCGCGGGAAGGUCACUCCAAAAGGCUCAGGAGGCCAGGAAGACCUUCGAGGCCGAACCGUGUUCGUCUUCGACCCAGCAACUUCUCCCGCCGCAAUGAUGGAAGAAGAAGCUGCUCGUGAACUGGCUGCAGCUACAGAGGAGCCUGCAUGCCCUCCUGUCGACGACGGUUCCGCCAGCGACGAAGCAAGGUCGCGGAACGACGCGUUGGUACCUGGCCCUGUUGAAGCGACUUGGACAACGAAGGAAGAUCGGAUAGCUCAUGUCGAGACGUCUCUCGCUGACUCGUCACUCUCCCGACGAGCGACGUUCAUUAGCAUCGAGGAGCCUCUGCCGGUGUCAGCAGUUCGCCGGAUUGGGGGCACCACACACACAUUGUCGCCGGGAGAACUCGCUGCGAAAGUGGCGAAGAACUUCCGAGAGAAGGAUGUUGACAAGGAAUAGACUGCGGUGCAAAUACGGGCAAGAAACAGACCACUACGAGGCAGAAACAACCAAGUGGUGAUUCGAGCGAUUUGCACACUGUACAUCCUUCAUGGAAAACACGGCUUGAACGUCCUGACACACUGACAGUCCAUGUCACACGGACGCUCACGCAGAAAAAGUUUCGCACAUAGUUUUAUCUCCACGGUGCGGAGGGACUGGGUGCUUCCGCAUAUUUGCCUCUAGUUAACAUUUCAAACGCGUUGCUCGGCGACACGCAAGCCAGGACACCUGCGAUCCAGGUUAGGGGUUCGGUUUGUCUGCGUGUAAGGGAAGACUUCAUGAUUGGCUGCUUUGGUUUUACACGAGGCAAAAGCUCUUUCGGCCAUGCAUAUUGGAAAUAUGCUGGCUUGUCUGUGUUUUGUGACAGUCGCGUCUCGAAGUUAUCUUAGUUUCCCGACCGUGAGUACGCGACACGGUACAGGGUAACGGGAGUGUGUGUAGCUAGGCAUGAUUUAAUGAUACACACUGAGCUGGUUUAAGCGGGGUCACACCUGUGUUGCCAUAGGACCACAGCAGUUUUUCUCACAUUGAAACACAAUCACCACGAGGAAACCUCAUGUGUCGCUCUUUCACCCCGCGCUUUGGGGUGGGAAAACCUACAGGCGGUCACCUGUUUGUGGAGGUACGCUGAAGCAUGCUACUGCACAGAAUACCUGGGCUAAAAAAAAGUCGGUGACGACUAUCGCGGGUGAUCAGACCGUACCUUCGCGGAAGUUGGAAAAUCUGUGACAACGGCGAGGCUGCAGGUCGACCUUGUCGAUAAUUGGUUUUUAUGGGCGGUCGCUGUCAGGGACGCAAACUCUGAGUAUGACUUCCUGAGAAUCUGUGAAAAUUGGUUUUUCUGUGGGAUAUUGUCGAUCGGAAAAUGCAUUAUAGAUGUACGUAUAAAUAUGUAUAGAGAGACCGGCAACGCAUGCAAGUGACGUAACUUCUAGAUGUCUGUGCUUAUUAGGGUGUUUUGUGUGGCUUUCUCGUCGUGGUGUCAGGUAGACCUUGGAGCCAGCGGGGAUUUCUCACAUGUUGCGGCUAUCGUGAAUUGUCAAGACGUGUUGUUCAGUCUAAACAUGUAGCUCCUCUUUCUGAGUUAGAACUCGUGUAUACCAAGACAUGUCAAGUCUAAAUGGUUUCGGUUAUUUCAUGACGCCGGUACUGUUGUCAAUGUAGCGAUGUCGUGUGGUCCUGAGAGGGAACUUCGUCCUGCGAACAGUCUCGUGUGCUCUUUUUUGUGUCACCUUGGUGGACUGAAUUCUUCUACGUCUGCCCGUAACGUCAGCGACAGGAAUGACCUCUGGAUCGAAGUGAUAAUGGUUGCCUUUGCGUGGCUGGUCUAACGCGGUACUUCCGCACACACUCUUGUAGCGUGCUGAGAGUAACUGCGUCUCGCCGGUUUUCAGAGUAGACAGAACCGCUGCGAGUGCGCUAAUUGUUUCUGGGUCAAUGGGGGGGAAACUCGGACCAGGCAACCACCGAAAAGCGAGGAACUGU